UUCCUCACCAUGUCGAGAUCUUCGUGGGUUUGUUUUUGUUGUGUCCGUAAAGGUAGAGCACCACCGGUCUUAUUGCACUGAUCCUGUUGACUUGAGGUGUGAUAUACGCUAAUAGGCUACUAUCAUCGUAGUGAUUGAUUCGUUAGCAGAGGGAGCAAAAUGUCACGCUGGUUGUCGCAAGUCAACAACUUUUUCGAGCAGCUGGAUGAUCAGGCAGAGACCUAUGUGGAAGAAAAUAUCAAUACGCAGGUCGGAGGCGAAGAAGAGCAUGAUGAGUCGGCCAAUUUAGAUUCCAUUUUGGCAUCACGUGGUCUGGCAAUAUCGAAUGAAGAUGAUGAUUUGGCAUUGACACCCACAAAAGAGGCGGUCGUCGAAGCCACCCAAGUGGAUCAGCCUGAAGAGGAGCUGCCUGAAACAGUUGUUGCCACUGAUACCAACAAUCAGCAACAAGAAUCCACUAUUACAGAAGUGGAGAGUGCUGAACCUUCACCUGUUGAAGAAAAGCCCGUCAAGGAGCUAAGUGGACAGCCAUCUGCCGAGCGAAGCGUCGAAAAGGAAGCCGAAUCGACUACUGGCACUGGUGGUGCUGAGAAAACUGCCAAAACUCCAGAAAAGCAAGUUACAGCCCCACCUGAAGUUGCACCGAAGAAGGUGGGAAAAGGAGAUGAGAGCGACGCAAAACCAACACCCAAAACUAAAGAAGACAAAAAGCAUGUUCCUGUUGAGAAAAAAGGGACACCAGCAAAACAAGCCAAGGCUACACCUACACAACAAAAGCCAAAAUCACCAGCUCAGGCAAAAGCUGCAGUGAAAUCACCCCCACCCGCCAAACAGUCAAAGCCGAAGCCUCCAGCGCCGACACCGCCUCCCAAACAAACACCAACCCCCAAAUCGGCCCCUGUGCCACCACCAAAAGUUGAUCCAAAUCCAACAUUGGUAAAGGAAGCUAGGGAAGCCCAAAAGGAGGUACGAACUCUCAGGAAACAUAUGCUUGCCCUCAACAAACAACUAGAGACGGCAGAGGCUGAAGUGACGGCCCAGAGGAAAGAGUUGGAACAGGCUGGUGCAUUCAUGGAAAAGGAUCGUGCGAAGGCUAGGACGGAACGUGACAAUGAACGCAAACGCCAUGCCGAAGAACUAAGCUCCGUUCAAACACAACAUGAAACAACCUUGAUGGAACAAAAGACAAGAAUGGAAAAGCAACUCGCGGACAUGGCACAUAAACUUCGGGAUAUGGAGCAAACCCGAAUGCAAGAAGGUGGGAACUGGGAUAAGGAGCUGCAAGGAGCUGUGGAUCGAGAACAAUCGCUGAGGCAGAAGAAUGCCAUGCUUGAGGAUGAAAAGGAAACAUUUUUGGCACAGAUCGAAACGCUGCAGACGCAACAAGUCACCCUUGGCGAUCGUAUUGAGUCACUUUCGCAAGCAGCCGACAGCGCCAUGGAACGUGAGAGAGAGGCGGAAGAGCGCCUGGAUCAAGCCUUGUCGGUGCAUGCGCAUCAAAUUAGCCAAAGGCAAUCACGCGAAAGUGAGCUCGAACGUACCAUUGCCGAACUUGGAGCUGCAAUGGCUGCGGGUCGAAACAUGGAGAAUAGCAGGCUUUCCGACCUUCAAAAGGCCAAGUUGGAAGCCAGCGAUACAGCAGGAGGAGAGAACACCUCACAAGAUAGCGGGCUUCGGGUGCGCCUUGAUAUGGCACUGCACGACCUUGAGACGGCACAGGCAAAUCUUGAUUUGGAGAGGCAACGAACUGAGGCACUGCAACGUGAAUUGAAGGACAUUUCUAACGAAAGAACGGAAGAGGCCACCAACCAUCGUAUGAGACAAAACAAGUACGAUCGUCAAAUCUCUGAGCUUACCCUGCAGGUAUCACGUUUACAACAACAGGCAAGCGCGGACGACGGCGGCUCCGGCAAUGCCAAAGGAUCGACCAAGGACGAGAGUUCGGAAGUUCAUGCAUUGAGGGGCCAGAUCAAGGAAUUGUCGGAAGAAAUCCUGCUUAGAAGAGAGAAGAUGGGCAGCUACUCUAGCGAGAUAGCUGCCAUGAAAAGCCGUUUAAAAACUGCUCUUGAUAGAGCUGAGAAGGCGGAGGUCGCACUGGAAGAGACCUUGGCUGGACAGAGCAGUGAUUCUCUAGAUCGAAUGGAGAGAGCUUCGCCAUCUAGUGGAAAUACCAUGAGACGACGCGGUGGAGGUAGACCCAAUUCUGGAACUACGACAAUCAGCGCAGCGAUGAAGCUUGAGGGAGGAGGGAAGAAAGCUGUUGAUGCUCUUGAUACUUUCUCCGUCUCCACUGGCAAAUAUCUACGUGCGAAUCCCUUUGCGAGGGCCGCCUUCAUAUCAUAUCUCGUGAUGCUCCAUCUGUGGACCUUUGUUGUGAUUUUCUUCCACGCUCACAAUUUCGAAGACAUGCACAGAGAUACUAUGGACAUGCCGCAUGGACCGGACGCUCUUAUGAGAAACCAGUUGGGUGUGGGCGGUAAGGCCAUGGCAGCAGCAGUGACCGCGGCAAAAGCAGCGACUGGUGACCAGAAGCAACCCUAAGGGCUUCCACUGUCACUUCAAUAAUAUGGUGCCUGCUGUUUACCUGGUAACCUUGCUUGCUAGCUUGGUGGCCUUGUUGCUCAUAGGAUUUCAGCAGCCAGCGAGUUGACUUCUAGCUAGUAGUAGCUAGCUCGCAGAAACGACAUUGAGGUGCCCAAGCAAAUGGCAUCUAUAGCAUUUAUAAUUUCUUAUAGCCUACGGCGCUACACGAACAGCCAGAUUUGUGGCUGUCUAUGCUCCUGUUGUAAUCUUCUCAA